CGCGUCCCGCGUCCCGCACCGCAUCGGAGCGGCCGACGGCCCCGGGGCUGACCGGCCUCGCCGCCCCUCGCGCGCCGCCGCCCCGACUCGCCCUCGCCCCGCUGCCCGGCGGGGUGGCGGCGGCCGCCGGCGCCCGCCUCUAUGAUGAAGUUCAAGCCCAACCAGACGCGGACCUACGACCGCGAGGGAUUCAAGAAGCGGGCGGCGUGCCUGUGCUUCCGCAGCGAGCAGGAGGACGAGGUGCUGCUGGUGAGUAGCAGUCGGUAUCCAGACCAGUGGAUCGUCCCAGGAGGCGGAAUGGAGCCUGAGGAGGAGCCGGGCGGUGCAGCCGUGAGGGAAGUUUAUGAGGAGGCAGGAGUCAGAGGAAAAUUGGGUAGGCUCCUGGGAAUAUUUGAGCAGAACCAAGACCGAAAGCACAGAACGUAUGUAUAUGUUCUUACAGUCACUGAAAUAUUAGAAGAUUGGGAAGAUUCUGUUAAUAUAGGAAGGAAAAGAGAGUGGUUCAAAGUAGAAGAUGCAAUCAAAGUUCUCCAGUGCCAUAAGCCUGUACAUGCAGAGUAUCUGGAAAAGUUAAAGUUGGGUUGUUCCCCAACCAAUGGAAACUCCACGGUCCCAUCCCUUCCAGAGAACAGCGCCUUGUUCGUGAGCACCACACAGAGCCCUGGGCUGCCAUCCAGCGUGAGAUAGGGAGAGUCAGAGGGCUGCCCCGAUGCACACUCUCCUCCAGCUCAGGGAGAGGCUCCGCACUGUCCUUGGCCAACAUCUGAAUGAUGCCCGCAAACUGUCUGAAUUUGCCAUGCAGGAAUUUCAAACAAUUUGCAUGUUUUUCAGAUGCUUUCAAAUCUUCUUUAAAAAAAAAAAAGUGUACAAUAUUUUAAUAAGCCAAAGCCAUGUGGAAUUUUUUUUUUAGAUGCCUUAACUGUGCUCCCCUUUCCCAGUGUUAUUUUGGUUGUCAUUUUUUAAGCAGCAUUUUCAGUUUUUCUUAUCCAUAUAAGCAGUGUUGCUUAUUUUGUCAGAGAUCAAACUACUCAAUGGGUAAAUUCUCCCAAAAUUGUUUUCUCAUUUGCAGCAUUAACUUAUUCAAGAAAUCUACAGCUGGAAUUAAAAUAUUUUUGGUAUUUAAAUCCAUCUACCCAAGUUAACUUUAUAGGAUCCUGAUUUUAAUUCAUAAAUUGUAGAUUCAGUCUAUUUCAUUAUGAUCCUCUGUUUUGACAGAGAACUUUUAAGUUUCUAUAUUGGGAUUCUGUCAAUUCAUUUGUCUGAAUUUCCAUAUAUUUUGUCACCAUCAACCAGAGACAAUUAUUUCCCCUAAAAGUUUGGUUUAAAAAUGCAAUACAACUUUAUAGUUAAUUAAUUUUUAGGGAAAUAUUAGCAAAAUGCAUGUAGUACAUUGUCAUGAAACUUGUAUUUCAUGGAAUUUAUUUAGCAUGCUCAGUUGCCAAUUCUUUUAUCUGUAAUCUCUUUACAUAGAAUACCUUAGAACUGUUUUCCUUCAAAGUAAAUGGCUCUUAAACCAGUCAGUGGUGGUUGCCUCCCAGUGGGGGCUGAGGCCGCCUUGCUGCAGCUGUCACAGGCUUAUGUAUUAGGGCACCUUUGAAUGUCUCACCCUUUCUAGGUUGUCAGUACUGUUUGUCACAGAGCCUGUGGGGCACUGGAACGUACUUAACAAUGAUCUUGUUGUGGAUUUGUCUCAGAAUCAGGCGUCCCAUCUAAAGUGUACAUACACACCCUGUCUGAAACUCCCACACUUCCCCAUUGAGGUCAGAGAUGAGGAAGGAAGCAAAAUCUUUGAAGAUGUGGGAUUGGGCUUCUGAAACAAUUUUUAAUGUAGACAUUAGUCUUGUAAAUAUUACAGCUGGUGAGUACGAAGUAGAAGUUAAAACAUAAGCUCUAUAAAUUGUUCACCUUUAGAGAUAAAAUUGCUGCUAAAAAUAUAGUCCUUACACUUAAGGAAAAUUGGUGCCAUUUUGAAAAUGAGAUCUUGUGUCAUGAAUGCAGCUAAAUUAAAUAUAAGUGAUAGUUCACAAAUUAAUGCUGUCAAAGGGAUGAGAAAGAAACCAGUGACGCUCCACUCUAAAUUAUGUAGUGUGAUCAGGCAUGGUCAUCCAGAAUUUUUUAUAUUUUUCUUUGUACAGAGGUUAUAUAAUUCUGGGUGUUUUUUUUUUUUUUUAAGUAAACAUUUCAAAUCCCACAAAUCAACAUUUUCUACCAAUCAUCAGUAGACUAAGAUUUUCUCAGCAAUCUCUGAAACUUCGUCAAAUUAUAUACUUAACAGAAAAACUGGAUUGUUUUUGUAUAUAAGGCUGCUUCCACCUGAAAUGCUGUCACAAGAACUUAGGGCGAUUUUUCUUGUACAUGGUAUUCUUAGGUAAUAAUGCAUGAACUUAUUUUAUAAACUCUUGGACUAUGUAUUUGACAUGUAAAAAUGUACAGUUUGUCAGCCAUCUCUUAAGUUGUAGACUAUAAAUAUUGUAUAAUUUUCUUUGGUCAGAAACAUUUGGACUAAGUAGUGCCACUUGGGUCAAGAUUUUCUGUAGUACCAUUUAUUUAGCAAACCCAACUGUUGUUAGGCUAUGCAAUUAGCAAAAAUUUGUAUACAACAGAAUACAGUUCUCACACAUAAAUUCCAUGAGGGGUUCUGCAGUCUAGCAAAAUCAGAGGGGGGGAAGUCCUAAGGAAGUUCAGAAAAAGCCAGUAAUACCAGGCCUAUAUAGUUGAAUCCACUAAGGAUAAAUAAUGUCUACUAUCUCAACUCUCCAAAGUUUACCGUGUUGAUACUGUCCUUUGUGCUUAUUUGUGAGAUAGCUGAAUAAAACUGGGCAGCUAACUUUCAGCUCCAUGUGCCUCCUGUAUAAACAGAAAUUAAGCAGUUAGUGUAAAUUGACUCACAGGCAAAGUAGGAACUGCCCUGCAUGUUUUUGUAAAGAGAUGGUAUUUUCCAACCAAGCACAGGAUAUCCAGUUUUCUGUCAGCCACGCCACUAUAAACCAGAAAAACUGAAGGGGAGAAAUGAUUGUUGUACACAAUGAAUUGCUUUGCAUGGUCCCGUUUGAGAUAAUUGGUGUAAGGAUCUUGACUUUUUUAUAUUUGGAAACAAAUAAAAAUGGAAACGCA